AUGGAGUUAGAGAAUUUAAAUAAAGGUGUUCAGUUAACUUUUGAAAAUAUAACUUACAAAGUAGAAAAUAAAAAAUAUAAAAAACAAUUAAAAAAACAAGCAAGUUUAGAAAAAAAGAAUUUAGAAAAUGUAACAAACCCAUCAAUCAUUGAAAAGGUUGAGAAAGAAUUAACAAUUUUAAACAAUGUUAGUGGAGUUAUUGAAAAAGGUGAACUAUGUGCAUUAAUGGGGCCUUCAGGUAGUGGUAAAUCAACUCUAUUGGACAUUUUGGCUGAGCGUAAAUCAACUGGAAAAAUUACAGGUAAACUAUUAAUUAAUGGAAAAGAAAUUGGUGCUGCAUAUAAAAAAUAUUGUUCAUAUGUAACACAGGAGGACAUUUUAUUACAAACUUCAACAGUUUACGAAAUUAUAAAGUUUUAUGCUGAUCUAAGAUUACCAUGUGCUUCAGAACAAGAAAAGGUUAAAAGAGUAGAACAAGUUAUUGAUGAAGUAGGUCUUUCGCAUAGAAGAGAUUCUAAAGUAGGUGGGGUUUUACCAGGUGGUAUAGUUAUUAAAGGGCUUUCAGGUGGCGAAAAGCGUAGGGUUUCUAUUGGAUGUGGUUUGGUUACCAAUCCAUCUUUAAUUUUUUUAGAUGAACCCACAAGCGGUCUUGACUCUGUAACGGCUUUAUCAAUUAUGAAAACCCUACAGGAUCUCACAAAGAAUAAAGGAUGUACCGUUGUUGUUGCAAUUCACCAACCUCGUUCAGAAAUAUUUGAAUUGUUUAAUAGAGUUAUGGUUAUCCUUAAAGGCAAAAUGAUAUAUAAUGGGAAUAAAAUUAUUGAAUAUUUCGAUCAAAUUGGUUACAAGUGUCCAAAUAAUGUAAAUCCAGCGGAUUUUAGUUUAGAUGUAUCUGUUGAAAUAGGAGAAAGUGAUAAAUAUGAAGAAAUAUGCACUCAAUGGCAACAUACUUGGGAAAAUCAAUUGAUGAACGAGAUUAUGCAACCACCCGUAGACAUAGAGAAACCCAAAGCAACUCCUUUUAUCUAUCAAUACUUUAUACUUUUAAAACGUGCCUGGAUGGAUAUAUUAAGAAAUCAAGGAAAUUUUAUUUCAAGAGUUGGUACUGCUAUUUUAACUGGUUUGUUAUUUGGUGCAUGCUUUGCAAAUUUAAAAGAAAACAACAAAGAUGCUCAAAAAAUAGUUGGUGUAAUAUUUUUCCUAAUCACUGGUCUAUGUCUAACACCUUAUGCUGCUAUUUCACUCUUUCUUAGUCAACGUUCUUUAUUUAAUGCUGAAAGGGCUUCAAAAAUAUAUCAUUCAUUCCCAUACUAUUUAGCAACGGUUACAGUCGAAGCAUUUGUAGUAUUCUUUGUCGCAAUUAUAAAUGCCGCUAUUUGUUACCUUCUCGCCCGUCUUCGUUGGGAAGCAUCCUAUUUCUUUUAUGCAAUGAUGGUAUAUUACUUUGUUCAGCUAUUUUCCGAUUUCCUAAUCUGUACCUUAGCCAAUAUCACUGGUGCAAGUGAUAUUACUUUUGCCUAUGGUUCCGGUUUUUGUGCUAUAUUUAUGCUAUUUUGUGGAUUUUUCGUACCUGUUCAAGAAUUACCAUCAGCAUUUGGUUGGCUCCAUUAUAUAAACCCUCUAUUUUAUUCUUUUAUUUCAUUAAUGCAUGUUCAAUUUGAAGAUUUAGACUUGGCAUGUGUAGAAGAAACAGUUGGAAAUAUUACAAUACCAUGUCAAUUUAAUAAUGGUAAUCAAAUUUUAGAAUACUAUGGAAUCGAUAGUUGGUCAAGAGAUUUUGGUUUUGGUAUUGUUGUUUUGUGGACUGCUUUCUUUUUUACAACCUCAUAUUUAGCUCUUCAUUAUUUAAAUAGAGAAAAAAGAUAA